AUUUUGGUGUUUCCAAUUUCUAUUAUUUCUUUCUUUCUUUUCCCUUUCCUUUCCCCCAUUUGUUGCAUCUUCAUUUUUUUUUGGGCUUCUUCCGGUGUUCCGAAUCCUUUUUCCCCCUCUCUUUUUGGAUUCGUUCUCUUUCCCCCUUUAUGGACCACCGCUCCCACUUUCACCAUCGCCAUUCGGCGCAUGCUCCUCAUCCUCCCCCUGAUUACUUUGUUCGCGUUGGAAACUCUAACAAAGACGAUUUAUAUUUGAGGAAGAGAACAAGGAUGCGUCGUUGGCUAUGCUGCACUUGUCAGGUGGAAGAGUCUUAUCCAUCAAAUGAAAAUGAACACCUGAAAAGCCCAAGGGGUUAUGGAGAUGGCAACACAAAAGGUUCGAGAGUGUCAGCUCCUCUCAAACCUGAAGUACAAAAGGCACCACCACCUAUCGAAGUUCCAGCAUUAUCCUUAGACGAGCUGAAGGAAAAAACAGACAACUUUGGUUCAAAGGCAUUGAUUGGUGAAGGGUCAUAUGGGAGGGUGUAUUAUGCAACAUUAAACGACGGAAGCGCUGUGGCUGUGAAAAAGCUUGAUGUUUCUACUGAACCUGAAUCAAAUAACGAGUUUCUAACCCAGGUUUCCAUGGUCUCAAGAUUGAAGAAUGAAAAUUUUGUUGAAUUGCAUGGAUACUGUGUUGAAGGGAAUCUUCGUGUACUUGCAUAUGAAUUUGCUACUAUGGGCUCUCUUCAUGACAUUUUGCACGGUAGAAAGGGAGUUCAAGGGGCACAACCUGGGCCAACACUUAACUGGAUGCAGCGAGUUAGAAUUGCGGUUGAUGCAGCAAGGGGAUUAGAAUAUUUACAUGAGAAAGUUCAACCAUCAAUUAUACAUAGGGAUAUUAGGUCAAGCAAUGUGCUUAUCUUUGAAGACUACAGAGCUAAGAUAGCUGAUUUUAAUCUCUCUAAUCAGGCCCCCGACAUGGCUGCACGCCUUCAUUCUACGCGUGUAUUGGGAACCUUUGGUUAUCAUGCUCCAGAAUAUGCCAUGACUGGACAGUUGACUCAAAAAAGUGAUGUCUACAGUUUUGGUGUUGUUCUUCUUGAGUUGCUUACAGGUAGAAAACCCGUUGAUCAUACCAUGCCUCGAGGACAGCAAAGUCUUGUCACUUGGGCUACCCCAAGGUUAAGUGAAGAUAAAGUGAAACAAUGCGUUGACCCGAAACUGAAAGGAGAGUACCCCCCUAAAGGAGUUGCGAAGCUUGCAGCGGUAGCAGCACUUUGUGUGCAGUAUGAAGCUGAGUUUAGGCCUAACAUGAGCAUUGUUGUUAAAGCACUCCAACCACUUCUGAAGGCUCCCGCGCCUGCACCCGAAACUUGAAGCAGAUGAUUUAAAGUUUAAAAACAAAACUAUUCUUUGGUUUCUGCAUCUUCUGCAAAUACUGCAAAUAAUAAUAUAUAUAAUAUAUAUUUUAUUUUUGUUUGAGAUUGAAUGUGUAGGAUUGGAUGGCUGGUUUUGUCAUUGUUAAAUUCCAUGUAUUUCUGGUUUUGCACUUUCGUGCAGAAGAUUAUAGAGCCAUACUGCAACAUUGGAUUUGGGUUUGGGUUGCGUGGUGCUUACUUGUUUGGUAGAUGUUUGUCACUCAACGCUAAUCCCCCCAUAUUCUUUAUUUGUUUCUUGACUGAAUUGAUACUUGGAUUGAAAGACCUAUGUUUGCUGUA